UGAAAGACCCAAAUUCUUAUGGAAAAAAUAAUCAAAAUAAUCAGUUGUGAACGGUGAGUCAAAACCGACAACUUAACCGCGAAAAGUUACAAAAUUACAAAACAAGACCAGUUGCCACCAAAUAGAUUCGACGCUUAAAUAUCGCAAUUGACGACAAAAUGAAAAUACUCUGAAUAUUCUCUCUCCUAAUCCCAACAAUGGGUUGCUGUUGCGACGAAGAAGAGGAUGAUAUCCUCAAGCACCUGAACUCCACCAUUGCUACUACCCAAACCCUAAACCCAUCUUCCCCCUCCUCCGAUAUCAUUUCUCCCAUGAACUCUCACUUCUCAGCCUUAACCAGCCACGAUUUGCUCCGACUCAUCUUCCACAAGCUUCCCAUUCCCGAUCUAGCUCGCUCCAGCUGCGUCUGCAGAUUUUGGAACUCCGUCGCCUCCGAUAAGGAAAUCCUCGCCAGAGCUUUCAAAGCCCCCUGGAAAUUGGCACAUGUGAUCGGAGAGCCCGUCUCUGGAAUCUUUUGGAGGGAUAAUAAUCUUGGAAAGUUCGCAAUUUCUCAUCGGAUUGUUCGUGGCGAUAGUGUAGCUAGUCUCGCUGUUAAGUACUCUGUUCAGGUUAUGGAUAUUAAGAGACUGAACAAUAUGAUGAGUGAACAUGGGAUAUACUCUAGAGAGAGAUUGUUGAUUCCCAUAAGUGAUCCCCAAAUUCUUGUUGGGCAAACUUGCUAUGUGGAGCUUGAUACUUAUGCGAAGAGGGAAGUGGCUGUGGUGUAUCUUGAUGGUACCGGCCCGAGUGUAAAUACUCCAUCUUUGUUGCAGAGGACGAGGUCUGAGCAAGCCAAGAAAAGGGUUAUUCAUUCCUUGAAGAGGAGCAUGCAAGUUGAUGAUGGAACUGCAGAGUACUACUUUUCAAUUUCCAAUGGUGAUCCUCGUGCUGCGUUUUCUGAGUUCUCUGAGGAUCUCAGGUGGGAAAGGGGCGUGGGUUUGAGCUAACUCAAACUUGUGUUUGGUUGAAGAAGGAGCCUUGAGAAACUGCAUAUGCUUUGUUUGGUUCGAUGCAGUAAACUUGUGAAUUUGCUUUACGUAAAAGAUAGCUCAAGUGAGUAUAUUUAAUAAUAUAAUAUAUAUAUAUAUAUAUAUCAUGGCUAUGAAUCAUCUAUUUAUGAUUGUUGUCAAAUGUGAUUAUGUUUGAAGUACUUGUAAAUUAAACAAACAUGGACUUUGUUAUCGAUAUUUCAUUUUGAUCAAUUAAAGACAGUAUUUUGGUCAGAAUGGAGAAUGUUGAUCUUUGGUUUGGUGAAUCUAGUCUUGAGAUUCGACUGUGAUUCUUGGGACAGCAGCACUCUGUCUUAGUGCUGCCACUUUUAUUUUAUUAUAAGUAUGAUUCUUAGCUUUUACAA